UAGUGUUUAGCAAAGUCGGAGGUGACACAUGAUUGCGAAUUUGGUUGAGGAAUAUAUACAAGUUUUUCGCUUACCGCAUUCUAAAACUGGAGUGGCGGAGUGGUUAACGCGAUAGACUUGAAUGCUCAUGCAUACGAUAUCUAUUACCUUAGGGUGCGCAGGUUCAAAUCCUGUCUCCAGUGCAUGGUUUUUGCACAUUUUUGCAACUUGGCUUCACAUGCAAUGGUCAUCUUAUCUAUCACACCAAAGUAUGGCUGUGAUAAGCGUGAUUCUCAUAGGAUUAGCGACGGGGUUCGACUCUGGGUUCAUGAGUUGUUUUUGUCGUGGUGUUCGAUUGACUCCGUGGCUGCUGCGUGACGAAAAGCCCACGGGCGGGGAAACAAUCGAUGUUGGCAUGGGGGGGCGACAUUUGUUAUCACGAUGCAUGCCUGUUCGGUCGUAGUAUCAAAUAUUAGACAUCGCCAUUCUCAUCGCAGGCCGCUUGUUUAGGAAGGACCAGAGGAAAAAACCUGCAG